UUCAAGAACCAAGAAACAAGAACACAAAGCCAACGCCAAACAAAAAAAAAACAGUUAAAGAAACUUUGAAAAGAAAAUGGGUAAAGGAGGAAACCUUGUGACGGCUUCGGAGGUGGAGGAGCUACGAAGGAAGAACGGGGAGAUGGAAAAAGUGGUGGAGCAAAUGAAGAAAGAGAUGUUGCAGUUGUGGCGGCGGACGCAAGUGGCGGAGGAAGCUGAGGAGCGUCUCUGCUCUCAGCUCGCCGAGCUUGAAGCCGAAUCGUUGGACGAGGCUCGUGAUUACCAUUCUCGCAUCAUUUUCCUCGUGAACGAACUCUCUCGUGUCUCUUCCUCCUCUUCUUCCUCCUCCUCCGACUUGGCCUCGCCCUAGAUAUAUAUGAUAUGUGUGUAAGGAUAGAUCCUUAGAUUAUUGGAUGUAUCUGAAUUCACAAUAUUGGCUCAUAUCAAUGCCAAUCUGUAUAGUUUUUUUUUGUUUUCUGUUUUUUCCUAACAUGUUCGAGAAAGGCUAUGAAAGUGUUCGAGAAUUAAUGCAAAAGAUAUUUCGAUUUGUA